AUGAAGAAUGUUGCUGAAUUGGUAUACAUGAGGAAUAAUAUAGGGCUGCUAGGUCUUUUCAAUAGGGCCAACCCAGUCUCCAUCCGAUCAAUUGCACCCUACUAUGAUUCUGUGAUUGUGGCGUCAAAAGGGAACAAAAUGACAUGGGUUAAAAUUCCAAACAUCUUAGUGAUUAUUGAUUUGUCAAGAAACAAAUUUGAAGGAGAGAUUCCAAAUGUUAUUGAUGAGCUUCAAGCACUUAUAGGGCUUAACCUUUCCCAUAACAGACUCAUUGGUCCUAUUCCCAAAUCCAUGGGAAACUUGACAAACUUGGAAUGGCUGGAUCUCUCAUCAAAUAUGCUCACUGAUUGGGAGAAAUACCUCGAGGAAAACAGUUCCGAGACAUUUUCAAAUGAUUCAUAUGUAGGAAACUUGGAGUUAUGUGAAUUUCCCUUGUCAAAGAAGUGCGGACCUGAACAACGUUCUCCACCUUCACCCAACAACAGCUUUUCGAGUGAAGAGAAAUUUGGAUUUGGAUGGAAACCAGUGGCAAUUGGAUAUGGAUGUGGAUUUGUGAUUGGAAUAGGCCUCGGAUAUUGUAUGUUUUUAAUUGGAAAGCCUAGAUGGCUUGUGAUGAUAUUUGGUGGUCAGCCUAAAAGAAGAGUGAAAAGGAGAACAAGAGUGAGUAGGAACCAUGGUGCAACCAUGAAUCAGAAUCAAAUGUCUUAG